UAUGAUCCUUCAUUCAUUCUGUUGCCGUUUUCCGUAGCGAUCGUUUGAAAAUCUUGGCGAGAAGCCGAUCCAGUGUUGUGUGGAGUGUAACAACGGGUUUUUCUUGGCUUUUGGCGAAUAAAACAUUAUCCAGUAUUAUCAAGUGAAGUAAGGAUCUUCCCGCAUCUGACGACGGCAAAGGAACGAUCACUUAGCUGGCUUAAAAGCAGGGCAGCAUUGUUAACCGCACAAUGACGACUCAGUUCUGUUGGCUGAUCUUGUUGGCCUUAUCCACCCUAUCCUAUCGAGCGUCCGGUGCCGCACAUCCUGCCACAGAAGUUACUAAUCAAGAGAUUCGGGAUGCCAUCCUGUCGCUGGUACACUCCUACAACACGCUGGACAACAAGCUAGAACGUCACGAACAACGUGAACGUGCCCAUGCCGAGCAGGUUAAGAAGAGUCUUAUUACCGUGCAGAAGAAUCUGCGUGGGUUGGAUCCACUACCGGGCAUGAUAAGCCGUUUGGAAAGUCGUACCGCAGACAUUGAGACGGCUCUGCUGCAGCAAGGAGAUACGAUCAAAACGUUCACCCAACAGCAAGCGAAGGUCGGCGAAAGUCUGGAAGGUAUUCUGAAAUGGUUGACCGAGAACGCUCAGAUCUUGGAAACACGGGCGGGUAACGGAGCAGGACGGGAUGAUGAUGAUGAAAGUGUGGCCAGCAAGUUGGAUGAGGUAGCGGGAACCGUACGAGAGUUGCGCCGAGAGUUGGCUGAGCUGAAGAGUGAUCGUGAUGCUACUGAGGACGUCAAUCGUCAGUUGCUGAAGGAAACGGAGAAACUGGUUAACUCGAAGCUUUCCUCAGCCGACGAAAUCAUAUCGAAGAUGGAAGAGAAGCUGUCUCAGUUCUAUCUGACAAGUCCGGUAAUUGCGACACAGAAUGUAGAAUUCGAAGAAAAGGUACUGCGCCAGCUGGAUAGCUUAAGCAACACAAUGCCUGCUGGAGGUUCGGCCAGCAACUCCCUUGGCAUGGAACCAUCGUCAUUCCCCGACAAGCAAUUCAUCCAAGGUCUGGUCAACGAAACACUGGAAGCAAUCAACGAUAUGCGUCUGGAAGUGUUGACUGCAUCCGAUAAGAGCUUCACCAAGACCGCGACUCGCAUCAAGGAAAACAACGAAGUGCUGCAGUCAUCCGUCGACGAUAUAUUGAAGACACUGACGGAAGAGCUAACCACGGCGGAAGCUUUCCACAAUACAGCCAAGGAUCAAUUUAACUCGAUGAACGAAACCAUGACGCGGUUGUCAGGAUUCUUGUACACGGCGGGUGAAAACAUUCUCGAUGCGAAGCGCGGUAUUGACUACGGCAUAAUGCAGAUCACGCGCGACGUUGGGGACAUGAUAAAGGGCAACACGGGUAGCCUAAACAAAACCGUUUCGAAGCGUUUCGAUGAGAUCGGUGCUACGAUUCUGGAUAAUCAUAACGGUGCGCUCACUAACCUCAGCUCGAAGAUUGAAACGGAGAUCAGUCAGGUUUGGCGUCAGAUUGGUAUCAUGUACCAGGAGAUCUCGUCCAGCAAGCAGGCGCUCGAUCGUCUCCAGGAACAAACGGAAACAUACGUCAAUGGUACGCUCAACACAAUGGACAGCAUGGAGGGCAAGGUCUCACUGAUUACCAACCGUAUGACAGAGGUGGACUCGAACUUAAACUAUCUUCUGGGACGCCUUUCGAUGGUGACGCAGGAGUUUAACCAGAUAAAGCUCGGUCUCGGCAAAGCACUGGACGAGAUUAAGGGUAGCUUCGCGGAGGUUCACAACCGCGUCCGAGGUCCCGGACCACACCGAAUCUCAUCGGAGGAAGUCGUCGAUGAUUUGGGCAAUGAAACCACCAAAUAGGCGCUACAAAUCUCAACACCCCAUUUCGCUUGAUUGGGAAGUAUUCUUUAGAACCAAAAAAAAAAGAAAGAAAGAAACACAAAACCAUUACAUUAAAGCUCACUCUUAUCCGACCCAUUUGAAAUGAGUGCUGCUGAUUGCAUGUGUUAGCAUGUAGGCCCUGUUAGUAGUAAGAUUACUUUUUUUUAGAACAAUUUCUUCUACGAUACAUUGAGAAUGGCUGAGGUAGAAAGGCGAAAUGGCCUUCCCUUUUCUUUGCUGUAGGAACUACUUACUUACUAGACUUACUAGAGAUUAUCGACUGUACCGGUGUGCUUAAAAGAUGAGAGGAUAGAAGGAUGGUAUGUAAAUCCAACUAUAUUUGCCGAUAAUGAUGCACAAUAAAGCGUUGGAAGCUUGAAA